AUGGCCUGGACAGAGAAGGGUGCUGGUAAUGGCAAAGAGACAAACCCAAUUGGAGAAAAUGGUUUCUUGAAAGAAGUAAAGCCGUCUUCUGGCACGAGAGGCUCUUUGGGUGGCCUUAGUCCUACAAAGAAGAAAUUUGAAGGAAAGGAUGCUCUCUCUUAUGCCAACAUUAUUCGUUCUAGGAACAAAUUUGCCGACGCGCUUACUAUUUAUGAGGGUGUACUCGAGAAAGAUAGUGGAAAUGUUGAGGCGAACAUUGGCAAGGGGAUUUGCCUGCAAAUGCAGAAUAUGGGAAGGCUUGCUUUCGAGAGUUUUGCGGAAGCUAUCAAACUAGACCCACAAAAUGCAUGUGCCCUCACGCAUUGUGGUAUUCUGUACAAGGAUGAGGGUCGCCUGGUGGAGGCAGCUGAGUCAUAUCAGAAGGCUCUGGGAGCAGAUCCUUCAUACAAACCAGCGUCAGAAUGCCUUGCUAUUGUGUUGACAGAUCUUGGAACGAGCUUAAAGCUUGCUGGCAACACUCAGGAGGGGAUACAGAAGUAUUAUGAGGCUAUCAAAAUAGAUCCACAUUAUGCUCCAGCAUAUUAUAAUCUUGGCGUUGUCUAUUCUGAAAUGAUGCAAUAUGACAUGGCCCUAAAUUGCUAUGAGAAGGCUGCACUAGAGAGGCCCAUGUAUGCUGAAGCAUAUUGCAACAUGGGUGUUAUCUAUAAAAAUCGUGGAGAUUUGGAGUCCGCAAUCGCUUGUUAUGAGAGAUGUUUGGCAGUGUCUCCAAAUUUUGAGAUCGCAAAGAAUAACAUGGCAAUUGCCUUGACAGAUUUGGGCACAAAGGUUAAACUGGAGGGAGAUGUCAACCAAGGCGUGGCAUACUACAAAAAAGCUCUGUACUACAAUUGGCACUAUGCUGAUGCCAUGUAUAAUUUAGGUGUUGCCUAUGGUGAAAUGCUGAAGUUUGACAUGGCAAUCGUGUUUUAUGAACUUGCCUUCCAUUUCAAUCACCAUUGUGCAGAGGCAUGCAACAAUUUAGGAGUGAUAUACAAGGACCGCGACAACCUUGAUAAAGCUGUGGAGUGCUAUCAGUUAGCUUUAUCGAUCAAACCGAACUUCUCUCAGUCAUUAAACAAUCUUGGAGUAGUGUACACUGUCCAGGGUAAAAUGGACGCUGCUGCAACCAUGAUUGAGAAAGCUAUUGUUGCAAAUCCCACCUAUGCAGAGGCAUAUAAUAACUUAGGGGUUCUGUACAGAGAUGCUGGUAAUAUAUCUCUGGCUAUUGAAGCAUAUGAGCAGUGCCUUAAGAUAGAUCCUGAUUCUCGAAAUGCAGGCCAGAAUCGAUUGCUUGCGAUGAACUACAUAAAUGAAGGAACUGAUGAUAAACUAUUUGAGGCUCACAGAGACUGGGGCAGGCGCUUCAUGAGGUUAUAUCCACAGUACACUUCAUGGGACAACCCAAAAGAUCCGGAAAGGCCACUUGUUAUUGGAUAUGUAUCUCCUGAUUAUUUUACUCAUUCUGUGUCAUAUUUCAUUGAAGCACCCCUCAUUCACCAUGACUAUGCGAAUUACACUGUGGUUGUUUACUCGGCAGUUGUGAAGGCAGACACAAAAACUAGUAGAUUUAGAGAGUCGGUCUUAAAAAAGGGGGGAAUAUGGAGGGAUAUCUAUGGAAUUGAUGAGAAGAAGGUUGCAAGCAUGGUGAGAGAAGAUAAGGUUGACAUCUUGGUGGAACUUACUGGACAUACUGCUAACAAUAAGUUGGGAAUGAUGGCUUGCCGGCCUGCACCUGUUCAGGUGACUUGGAUUGGCUACCCAAAUACAACUGGUUUGCCUACCAUUGAUUAUAGGAUGACUGAUGCACUGGCUGACCCUCCUGACACAAGACAAAAGCAUGUUGAGGAGUUGGUUCGAUUACCGGAGUGCUUCCUUUGUUAUACACCAUCCCCGGAAGCUGGGCCCAUACCUCCGACUCCUGCUCUUUCUAAUGGCUUUAUUACUUUUGGUAGCUUUAACAAUCUAGCAAAGAUAACACCUAAAGUGCUGCAAGUUUGGGCAAGGAUUCUAUGUGCAGUUCCAAACUCUCGACUUGUAGUGAAGUGUAAGCCUUUCUGUUGUGAUAGUGUUAGGCAGAGAUUUCUUUCAACAUUGGAGGAGUUGGGGUUGGAAUCAUUGCGUGUUGAUCUUUUGCCUCUAAUUCUUCUGAACCAUGAUCAUAUGCAAGCAUAUGCCCUUAUGGAUAUCAGCUUGGAUACUUUUCCAUAUGCUGGAACAACUACAACAUGCGAGUCUCUGUACAUGGGAGUUCCAUGUGUCACUAUGGGAGGUUCAGUACAUGCUCAUAAUGUUGGUGUGUCUCUCCUAAACACAGUUGGAUUAGGACACCUGGUUGCAAAAUCUGAAGAUGAAUAUGUCCAACUUGCCCUGCAGUUAGCUUCGGAUGUUACUGCACUCUCGAAAUUGAAAAUGGGUCUACGAGAUCUCAUGUCCAAGUCCCCUCUUUGUAAUGGAUCAAAAUACAUCCUUGGUUUGGAGUCAACAUAUCGGAAUAUGUGGCGCAGGUACUGUAAGGGUGAUGUGCCAUCUUUAACGCGUAUGGAAACGUUACAGCAGCAGGUUGUUUCCAAAGAGUUUGCUGUCAAAUUGUCAGAACCAACAAGGAACAUGAUUUCUCUAGGAAGUCCCUUCGGAUUGAUCAAGGAAAAUGGAUUUAAUUUGGGGCUGCCUUUCAAUCCUUCCACUGGAGAAGAAAAUGGGGUUGAGUUGAAUCAGACUACUACCGCAGUAAAGUUGAGCUGA